AUGGCCAUGCCGUCUGGGAAUUCAGUGAUUCCCAGAAAAAUGCAAUUCUCGAAUGGGGGUGAUGCCCAUGCCCAGCGGCAGUGGUUCCCAGAUGAGCGGGAUGGUUUCAUAUAUUGGCUGAAGGGAGAAUUUGCAGCAGCAAAUGCCAUAAUAGAUUCACUCUGUGAACAUUUAAGGACCACAAGUGAGCCUGGCGAGUAUGAUAUGGUUGUCGGAUGCAUUCAGCAGAGACGGUGCAACUGGACACCAGUUCUCUACUUGCAGCAGUACUUCUCCGUAGCAGAGAUCAACCUUGCAUUGCAGCAAGUGGCCUGGCGGAAGCAACCAAGGCAUUUUGAUCAACCGAAGCCUGUAGAAAAAGAUUUCAAGAAACAAACGUUUGGAUAUAGACAAGUGCAGAAGCUUGAAAAUAUGAGGGAAAAUCAUAGUUCUUCUGCUCAGUACUUGAGCCCAGUUGCAAAAGCUCAGAAGACGGAAGAAGAAUCUACAAAGAGAGAGGAGGUUAAGCAGAAGACCGAGGUCCAAGUACUGCAUGGAAAUGCUUUAAGUGUUUUGCCUGAGAACGAUGGUAACACUAAUUUUUGUGUCCUGAUGAUAGUGACAACUUUAUUAGGCGUUUAUGUUUUCCUUCUAGAAAAAUAUUUAAGAUGAAUCCUUUAUACUGAUUCAUAUCUUCCUGUGCUUGAAUAUGAUAAUCCGAGUCUGAACGGUGCUGCCCCAAUGUUAUUGGAAAAAUGGCGCUGAUGUAUGUAACAUUCAUUACUGUGAUGACGUUAAAUUUUUACUCGCUUUACCGUAACGUGACUUUAUUAAUUCCCAUAAGUACGCAGUGCACACAGUUGGUAAAAAAGCAGGCUGCAGAUAUGUCGAUCUCCCCAGAUAUCCAUGUCAAUCGAUGAAUCUCAAAUAAUCUUUCUUUAUACUGGCAUUUGGAGCCAGUUUUCCCGUAUGAAAUCAACUUGCAUCUGUCAGCACAAGUGACAUAGAUAAAGUUUAUAUUAUUUUCAGAUGCAUUUGAACGUAGGGUUCACAAAAAUAAAGUUGAAUAAGUCUGAAUCAUUAGUGGAACUGAAUCGUUUUACCCAGCAUGGUCUUUAUGGUUAGUUUUGAUCCUGUUGGUCAUUAUGGUUCGUAAGUUUUGAUCCAGAUUGGUCUUUGUGGUUUGUUAGUUUUGAUCCAGAAGCUUUGAUUUGAUUGUGUUUUCCUGUGCAUGAUUCAGGGUCGAGCGACGCUCCUUGUAAGGGUGAGUGCAGUCAAAAGGAGGGGGAAGAUUCUAUUGGGCCUAUAUGUGAUAAGUUGGAUUCUGUGUCAAUUCGAGAUGGUGCCAUUGUCAACGCAAAAGGUAUUCCUUUCUUCAUAUCUGUUGUUUUAGCGUCCAACAUUUUAAAGCUUGCAGCUUUGAGAUUAUGCUUGAAGUUAAAAACGUAUUCAUACUGCAUGAUGGAUAGCUCUGUUUCAACCUUUCAUGGAUAAUUCAUACGAAUGAAUCCUCUCUUGUGAUGAUUUAAAUUUUCAAUUAUAAAUUAAAUUUCCCCUUAAUGAAAAGGUUACCAAAGAAUUUCCAACGUGUGUGUGGAAACUUUAGGUUGUGAUAAAUUACAUUGAACUGUCAUUUUUCGUCUGAGCUGGGCAUGGAUGAUGUGAUUUUAAAUGGCAAAAUCGACCCACCUAGAAAUAUUAAAGAGAAGAAUAAAAGUGUCUGGUUUUGGGGAGGAUUAGGUUUGGAGUGGCUGUUUGGCUGGUGUUGCUUAUGAGUUGACGUGGACGUCUAUAUUAAAUUUAUAAUUCAUAAAUUAUAAUUAUAACUUCAAAUUAUAAAAAUAUCCUCCUACUCUUUCUCAUUUUUUCCAAUUUCAUUUCCCCUCCCCAUUUGGCCAAUUUAGUCAAUCCAAUGUGAUUCGGAUAAGAUUGGAUUUGCCUUAUUUGCCAUGUUCGUCAUCUGAUCUGAUUUUUUAGACAAAACAUAUGCAAGAUACAUCACGAAAGAGUGUCAAGUAUUGAUAUUAACGUUCAAGACCAAUGCCUCUUUGACAGUCAUCCAUUAGUUAUCCUUUGCCUCGGAAAGAUCCUAAUUUUCAGCAAAAAACAUUCGAGACAAGAAUUAUGUUUCAAUUAUUUGAUUUUAUGAAUUUUAUUUCCAUGAUUUUAUAAAAACGUGUUCAUGUUAGGGUUCCUCAAUAUUCUACGUGAUUCAUUUUAGCAGGCCAAGAUGCAACUCCAAACCAGGAAGGGACGCAGAAGUCUGUUCCUAUUCCUAAAGUUUUCGAAUUUAAUGAAUUGUGCAAUGGAAAGACGGUAAAUUCUUGACUGCCAAGUCUGGUAUUUCUUCUUGGAAGCCAUGUUCAUAUGUUUCCGUCUCUUCAGUAAAUUAUAAAUACUCUGUCAGGUUAAUGUCGUGGACGGACUGAAACUCUACGAUGACUUAUUUGAGAAUUCAGAAAUCUCAACUCUUGUGGCUGCUGCAAAUGAAUGGAGGAUUUCUGGGCAGAAAGGAGAGUUUCAAGGUGAGUGA